AUGGCCCCCCUCGUCCCCGUCUUCUCCGCCAAUACACUCCCCGACCACGUCAAUAUCGUGCGCCGCAAUUUUAUAGAAAAGAAGCGCAAAGGCGAACCAGUGGACCUGAAGGAGUGUGCACUGGCAGAAUUGAUACAGUACUCAUGCAAUCCACCUUCAGAAGCGAUUCCGCAGCCGGGAGUGAUUGUUUGCCAGCCUAUUGUGCGGCUAUUUCGACGAUGCGCCGGUGGAUUGACCGUUGAGACGACAUCAUGGGAACCUUUGAGGCAGGUUGAAGAGGCAAAGGAGAAGUUGGCAUCUGGGUCUAAGCCUUGA